AGAGUUACCUUGGGUAUCUCAAAGUCAAACAUGGCGACGGACUCAGUCACAGAUUUGAGAGAGAAACUACAUAAAUCUCACCAUCGUACCAAAGAGUUUGAAAAAAAUGUCAAAUCAAAACAUAGAGUUCACCAUGGUGAUAUUAAGAAGAAUGCACCACGAUCAAAAUACGAUGAUUACAACACAGAAGAACGCGAGGAAGAGCUUCAAAAAGUAAAAUCUGGAAUCCAGCAACACAGAUUGUUUUCGAUAGAAGAUUGCAUGGAAAUAGAAAAGAAAAUAGACAAGGUUGUUAAAUUAAGUGACUUGGGUCUUUACAAAGAACACACAGUUGAUAGGUAAGAUAAUAAUUAGAUAUCAUUUAAUGCUCUAUCCUAAAAUGACCAAAAAUCAUUAAAAGUGUAUGAGACCCACAGACUCAAGCCCAUUCACCCUAAAAUGCCAAUGCCAGCAACCAAAUCCAAUCACAGCAAAAUAUGCCAUAUCAUAUGAAUAAAAUAUUUUUUGAAAACUUUGUUACUUAGCUGAAAGGCGCUUAGAAGUGCAAUAAUGAUAAUUAAAGGGCUGUUUACAAUUCAACAAUGGCUUUUUUUGGGUUUGAGUUAUUCAAUUUAUGAUUAUUUAGAAUGUAGACCUACUCUGCAACUGACAAAACUUGGAAAAAUUAUACAUUUAAAAAUUGCUAACAUAAAGCAGUGAGUAACAGUGAGCAAUUGAGUAACAGUUAACCCGGGGAACAAAACCUACUAUUGCAUGUCCUGCAUGGGCAGACAAGGGACAUGCAUGGUACAUACCAGAAAUAAAACAGCACCUACAGGGCUGCCAACUGUGACACUCAUAGUUGGAAGUAAAGGCAGAGAUAGGGUAGGGAUCAUGAUUACAAGUUGCAGUUAAAGGAUAUGAGGCUAGAGGUGAAGGUGGAAACCUAGCCUAUAAUUCUAAUUAUCAGCCCCGAGAAAGCUGCUCCUAGGCAAACUAGUUGCGUGGUAGAAACCCUCUUAUAGGGCAUCUGAUGCUUCCCCGGAAUGGAUGGGUGAAGAUGGAUGGACAUAAAUUACCAUCCUGACUGGCUGAGAGAGUGGGCUGCGAACACUUUAAACUAGGGGUGUGCCGGAUCCGUUUUUUCCAACCGGAUCCGGAUCCGGAUUUUCUUAUGCGAAAUCCGCCGGAUCCGGAUUCCGGAAUAAUCCGGAUUCCGGAAUAAUCCGGAUUCCGGUUUCUCCCGGAUUCCGGAUUUGGGUACUAUUGGUAGAUACUUCGGUAAGUCAAGGUGGACUACUACUUUUUGUGUAUGGGAAUUCGCAAUCGGCGCCAAAAAAUCCGAGUUUUUAAUUUUCCGAUUGUGUGUCUAUUUAUUAUUAAAUUAGUACUUUCGAUAUAUAUUUGAGUUCCGUUCCAUUUGGAUAAGUGUCUUACGAGAGACGCCAUGUUUCUACGCGUUCGCAGCAGGCCAUGCAGCUCGCUCAACCUAAUUUCGCCAUGGGGUUGGCCACGCCCCCCUUUUUAAUGGCGGAAGUUGACGAUAUUUAGGAAAUAUUAAUAUAUUAUCACUAUUUACAUCAAAAUAAUUGAUAACUUGUGUUUCAGAAUGCAUUUAAAGACAUUUAAACUGGAAUGUUUUAAUUUGAGCUUUAACAACCCGGUAGAAUCCAUAUUAUAAAUGAUCAGAAUUUACCGUGUGCAACACGUUGUCAUUGGCAACCAUUCACAGCCACUUGCAUAACUGUAUCGUAGUACUACCUCAGAGUUUCAUUCAUAAGAGUUUGCCGUGUGCAAAAACUAUUAAACCAUUGGUCAGGGAAAGCUUUAAUUAAUUAUUCAUGUGCCAAAGUUGAAAGUUUAAACUAAGUCUAAACAGUAUUUUAGUGAUAAGGCAGGGAAUGCGUUGCCUUAUAUAAACUAUAUAGUCAUUGCGCAUGACGGGAUUGGCGGAAUGAGAUCACAGAAUGUGGAGAUGCAGUCCAUGUUAAAAAAUGACAAACCAAGUCGUACUUUAAAAAUUCAUAACUUUAAAACUACAACAGCUAAAAAUAUGAUUUUGGUGUUAUAAUUCUUUAAAAAAUUACAUCUUUUCAACUAUGCCAUUGGUUUAUUUUUACAAAAAGUUUAAAUUUUCUUAUCAAAGUCCCUACACUAUUGGCCACUAUUAGCGGUGCUGACUCUAGCCUCUGGUAUGUACGGAAUAUUAAACAUUAAACAAGCUCAACGCUCGAAACAAUCGAUUAAUGUAUCGUGAUCGUGUGGAAUUCGGGAAAGAGAAUUACUUUUAUUUCAGAUUAUGAUCCGGUGAGUCACAAAAUUUGGCAAAUUCCGAAAUCCGGUAUAUUCCGGAAUCCGGUUGUUCCGGAUACAUGUAAAUCCGGCGGAACCGGAUUUCACCGGAUAGUGCAACAUCCGGCGGAACCGGAUUCCGGACCGGGUUCCGGCACACCCCUACUUUAAACGCAGCGUUUUCGGUUGACCGGGUGGGGAAAGCUUCCAUCCGCAAAUCUGAUCUAGCAGGUGGAAGCGGUUCAGGGAAAUUCCUGGUGUACCGCCGCACGUCCGUCAUCAGGGAGACCCGGCUUCUGGGCUGUGUGGAGGUGCGUCAGGUAGGGCAUUAAGAGCUCACCCUCGAUGGCUCGCAGAUGCCAUUUCUUAAUGAACAUAUUUAGUUACAGUAACAACAGCUGCAAAAAAUUAUUCAAAAUAAUGAAAACCCAACUUAAAGUUUCAUUGAAUAUACAAAAGCGUGUAACUGUAGACACUGGUACACAAACUCAUGGUUUUAGGGUUUACAUUAGGUGUUAGGUCAUAAAUUUUAGAUUUGAAGAUUUUUUGCUCAAUGAAAGGGGGACUAAAUUUAGGAGUAAAUUUACACUCAAGUUAGUGGGUGGGGGCGCACUAAAUUUAAGGGGAAUUUACACUUCAGUUAGGGAUACUUAGUAUUCAGGUUAGGUAGAGUUUAGAUUUUAGGAUUGAAGGUUUUUCUAAAAAAAUGAUCUAAUUAAAUUUUAAUGUUUUUUUUCUAAAUUUUGUCUGUCUUAGUAAGUGUUUAAAACAACACAUUUACUUUUUCUAUAUUUUGAGUGCCCACAAUCAAUUAAUUAACAUUACAAUUAAUCAUUCAGGCUACUUGUAUGAAUUCAGAGUUUGCCCUUUUUUAAAUGAGUUGCUGUGCAAGGCUAACCAGUCCCAUCCACCCGGGGUGUGAGAUGUUUUUGCUGGUCUUGGCUUUGGAUUGAACUCCAAACCACAAGCUAUUUGGAUUGAGUCAGUCUAGACUGCUCGGCCAACCAGCACCCUCUCUCCCUUUCCCCAUCCCAUUUUAGCAUACAUGUUUUUGCACUAAUUUUUUGUUUAUACACAGCUGCCAUCUUUGUUCCCAUGAAACAUUGCCAUCAUGGCAACAAAGAUGGUGGCAGUGGGAAUUAAAAUUAGUGCAAAAGCACAGGAAAAUGAGUGUCGCGUUUUGCAUACAUUUACCUUUCUUUUUAAAUAAAUUGAAGCAUGUCACUUUAAUAUAUUUUUUACAUUUUGUGAUGUCCUCAGAGCCCCUUUAAGAAAUAAAUACUUCUUUGGUGAAGGCUAUACAUAUGGUGCACAGCUUAGUAAACGUGGCCCAGGAAAUGAACGUUUGUACAGUAAAGGUGAUGUUGAUGAAAUUCCAAGCUGGAUUAACAAAUUGGUCAUCAGUCCACUUUGUGAAGCUAACGUGAUCCCUGAGGGCUUUGUCAACAGUGCAGUGAUAAAUGACUAUAAACCAGGUGGAUGUAUAGUGUCACAUAUUGACCCACCUCAUAUUUUUGAAAGGCCCAUUGUUUCUGUGUCUUUCUUCAGCGAGAGUGCAUUGAGCUUUGGAUGCAAAUUCACUUUCAAACCUAUCCGUGUCUCUAAACCAGUGCUGACAUUGCCCAUGGCAAGAGGUUGUGUUACUCUUCUAAGGUAAUCUAUAGAAGUCUGAUCACAUAUUAUCUUGUUUGUUUCCUCACCAUGAAGACAUUUUUUGUUUCAUUUUCAAGAUGUAGAGUGCUUAAGUUUUACCUUCUUAUUUAAAGUUAUUUAUUGUUUUCUAAGAAGCAACUCCAUUUUUUGAAGCAAAAAGAAGUGUCACUCAUGAAAAUUUUUAAAUACAUGUCCUCAAAUAGGUAGGUUACAAAACUACUGCCAAAAUUAUCAUUAUUAUUAGAUGGUUUUAUAUAGUGCAGUACCCAAAGCCUAAGGCUAGGCCCACUGCGCUUCACAUAAAAAUUAGCAAUUACAUAAACGUAUAAAUUUAAAAACAACAAUUGGUGAAAAGCUUGACCUCACCCACCCAAGUACUAUCUACCCCUGUAAAGCCAUGGACAGCACCCAGCAGAAUCGAGCGUUGUUUAUCAGUCAGAGAGGGGUGAGAAUGAUUUGGUAUAGUACAGUUUGAAGAGAUGGGUCUUGGGGGCAGUUUUGAAGGCUGUGAUGGUCGUUAUAUUGCCGAUGUGUAAUGGGAGAGAGUUCCAUUGUUUUGGGGCACAGAAAGAGAAAGUUCUUUCAACACAUGUUUUAGUGCGUGUUCUGGGAACAGAAAGAAUACGCGUGUCUGCGAAGGAAGGAAGCUUUCAAGGGGUGAAUAGUAAGAAGUUCAGUAAGUUAGGAAGGGCAGGAACCAGAGAAAAAGUUGUUACUGAGAACAGAUAGCUUCUAAUCUAUACGUGGCUUUAAGGGGAGCCAAUGAAGUGAGUGAAGUCGUGGAGUGACAUGUAGGGCUUCAGCCUUCCUCACCACUUACUUUCACUCAGACCUAACUGAUGCUCUUCUUUUCCAUGCUUGGAUUCCCAGCUGCUGUAGGUCUUUUUCCACAUCAUCUAUCCAUCUAAGCCUUGGUCUGCCUUUUAGUUGUUUUCCUCUAGGGUUUUGGUGGUGCACCCUCUUCACUCCUAUGUCAUUUGGCAUUCUUUCUUAGUGUCCCGUCCAGCGUAGCCUGCCCUUUUUUAUUUCUGCUACUAGUGUGGGAUCCUCAUAUAACCUAUACCUUUCCUGACUGGUUCGUAUUCUCCAUCCAUAAGCAUCCUUUGUUGUUCCAUAUUUUUUCCGGAAAACUUUUUUUCCCCAUGUGUUUAAGAGGUGUCUGCCGUUUUUUUAGGGUCCAGCUUCACUUGCAUAUGUUACAACUAGUCUGUUUACAGGUUUUUUUUGUAAUUUUUUUCUUUGAGUAUUUUGUGACUAUUGAAGUAUGUCCUGUUUUUGGCCGAUAUUCUUUCUUUUAUUUCUGUUAGUAGUUAAUUUUUUUUUUCAAUAAUUACAAUAAUUAAGGAUCCAAGAUAUUUCAAUUGAUUUACUUUUUCAAAAGUGCAGUCUCUAAUUUUAAUGGUUUCAUCUGUGUGUACUCUUAACAAAGUCAAGAAUUUUAGUUUUUUUUUUUUUUAACUUCCAGCCUUGCUUUGAGUGAUGUGUAUUCUAAUUUAAUAAAAAGCUUUUGAUAUGUCUUGACUACUUUUCCAUAUCAGUCCUAUGUCAUCAUUUUAUGUAAGAUUCUGAAGGGGUUGGAUGUAGAGAGUGCUUAUUGGUUGUGGGUCUUUGUUUCUCUCUGAAAGUAUCCUGUUAUUAACUGUUAUUGUUCCACGGGUGUAAAUAUAUAUGCUUUUUAUAACUCUCUAAUGUUAGUUUAAAUAAUAUACAAAACAGUGAAUGUCCUUGUCUUAGGCCACGUCUAAUCUGAAAUUCCCUUGAAUAUUCCCCUUGAACCUUGAUUUUGCUUUUUUAUCACAUUUUUCCCCCUUAUAAAAAUAACAGAAUUUCAAAAGUGAAAAAAAUAAUUUAUUAAUUUUUACAAAUUGUAAAAAUGGAUGGGGAAGAGGGUUAAUUUAUGAAAUUUUUAUUAUUUAAAAAAUCAACCAAUUAACUCACGAUCAAAAGAACAAUUUUCAAAAUGUGCUCUUUCAAAUAGAACCUUUGAAAAUUUUAUUCAUAAGCAUGAAAUAAACUCGAUAAAUAUUUAAGACAAAUCACUACAAAUAAUUCCACUUGAUUUAAAAUAAAACUGAUCAGAGAUUUGUUUAGAGAAAGGGAAACAAAUUAAGAAAUUGAUAUGUUUUAGUGAAAGCAUUUGGAAUUCUCUUAUUUAAUGUGUGGCCUAUUUGAAAAUUAAACUAAAAGGAUAAAUUCUGCUAUCAAUGAAAGUAAUUCAAGGCUUAAUCAUGCUCACUUCUUUCUUUCAGUGGUUAUGCUGCAGAUCAUAUUACUCACUGUGUUCGCCCAGAGGACGUUAUUUCUCGUAGAGCAGUUAUCAUUUUGAGGAGGUACCCAGGCCGUGAAAUUGUGCCAAUUUUAUUCAAAAGAUCAAUUUUACAGAAUUUUAAUGAAGAUGUUUGCUUGACAUAAAAUAACAUUUUGUGGACUGUUUUAAAAAAUAAUUAAUUAAAUGUUGCCUAUCCAUAAUAAUAUGAUGUUAGUAUUGUUAGUUUAAAAAUUAGAAUUACCUUUACCUUUAUAAUUAAGUUCUCCCCUGAAAACUCAUUCUUUCUGUAUAAUGUUUUUUCCCUACUCAUUUGAACUAACCAUUCUUUUCUCUGUAGGGUGAGGGAUGAUGCCCCAAGGCUUGAACCAGUUCUUGAAAUAGUUUCACCAUCCAGAAAGAGAAUUAUGCUGGCCUCAGACAGCAGUGAUUCCAACAGUUGCCAGGGAGACAAAAAUUACUCCGGCUCCAGCAGUGAUGACAAUGUCAAACCGGUCAAGGUCAACUCCAAAGUCAUUUGUCUGUCAGACGACCUGAGCAUCAAGGAUGGGAAAUCAAGUAUUCCAUGCUCACCAAAGACAGUUAAAAGAUAGCAUGUUUGAGAUUGGCUCAAAACUUCAUUUUUUACAAAUUUUUUUUUUUUGUGAUAUUUAUUUGGGUAAAAUUUAUGAUGUAAAAAAAAAAAAAACAGUGUUUGGUGAAUUGUACUUCAG